AAACCAGUGACAGAGUGAUGGUCUGGAAAAGAAGGAGAGAAAGAAAGCAGCAGCAGCAGCAGCAGUGUCUUUCACGGUGACAAAAAAAAAAAGCAAACUUUGAAGAAAACCUUCUCCAAAAACCGUCUUGAAAGAAUGUGAACCAAAGAGUGGCGUUUUGGGUGCAUGAACAACCUGAGCCAAAAUAUUUUUCAGUCAAGAAUGAAGCUGAUGUAUAUCUACUAUGCCUUUGUUGUCUUUUCUAUAAGACUAGGCCAGUUAUUCAUUGGAGCCACAACACAAAACUGCCCAGUUAUUUGCAAAUGUACACAAAAACCAACAGUCGCUUGGUGCAGACAAAUACCAACCAACUUGACAAAUUUUACUUCAACACUCACAGAACUUCACCUUACCAAUAUUAACCUUGGCCCCACACUUUCUCAAAAUUUUCCUCCAAUGCCUAAGUUGGAAUUGCUAGAUCUUUCCAAAAAUGGUAUCUACCUAUUAGGUAGUAAAAUUUUACACAACCUUCCUAACUUGAAAACUUUGAUCUUGAAAGAGAAUAUGGUAUCCACAUUGGCACCAUCAUUUUUUGAGCAGAAUACAAAACUGGAAUAUCUUGAUUUGAGCAAAAAUAAAUUUUCAGCACUGCCAGACCAUUGUAUGAAAUAUCUGAGACAACUGAAGGUUUUCAAUAUUAGUUACAACAUACUGACGAGCCCUUCUCUUAUGCUGGGGUUUCAACAAACUAAGAAUUUAAAAGUUAUUGAUUAUUCUCAAAACAAAUUCCAUUACUUUGCCCCUGAUACUUUCCUUUUCUCUGACAAAUGGAACAGAGGUAUAGGGAGACAUAUCAAUCUAUCAUACUGUAAUAUUAAAGACAUAUAUCCAAAAGUCUUUGAAAAUUUUCCGAAUCUAGUUUCCCUUUCUCUUUCUGGAAAUCCAUUAAUUCCAAGGGCAAACUUAACAUUGCUCUUGGCAAACAUACAAAAUAGCUCAUCACUUAAAAAACUGGACAUGUCUUUUCUAAAUUACCCUACAAUUACCUCUGCAUUUGCUAACUUGCAACAGAUCACCAUCAAAGAACUUGAUUUGUCAGGGAAUAAAAUAGAAACUAUAGAAGCCGUUUCUUUGCAGUAUUUGUCAACCCUGCACAUUUUCAAAGUCAACAGAAACAAACUGAAAACCCUAAAUGGGUUGGUUAGACUUGGUAACUUACGCUACCUCGACAUCUCUUAUAACCAAAUCAACAAACUGAACAUAGAUUAUGUUAAAACUUUCUUCAAGAUGGAACAUUUCGUUGGUCACCACAACAAGCUGCUUACAGUAACCCGUGAGGAACUCUUGGAAUGGAAAGGUCUGCGUUACUUGGAUAUUAGCCACAAUAAAUUGGAAAUGUUGAAUCUUCCUAUGGUGUCCAACCUAGAAACUCUGUACGUUAGCCACAACAAACUGAGAUCUCUGUUGUUCCCUGUCGGAACAAUGGCACUGAAGACUAUUGAUGCCAGUCACAAUAAGCUAACGUCAAUGGUGCCAUUUCAGUUCUCUGGAAUGGAACAUAUACAUUUGGUGAAUUAUAGUCAUAAUGAUAUUACGAUGAUACAUGAACAAACGUUCAAGGGAUACACACCAAAGAAAAUAGAUUUAUCAGGAAAUAAAAUCACAAAACUUGAUCAUUAUGGCUGGGAAUUUGCAACUGAAGUUUACUUAAGAAAUAAUCCUGUGAAAGAGAUUAGCAUACAAGCAUUCUACCACAUGUUCAGUUUAGAAAUCUUGGAUUUAGGCCACAAUAAGAUCAAAGAAAUUGUACCAGGUACCUUUAAGCAUUUGAAGAAUCUGACAACUCUCCUUCUCUCUGAUAAUGACUUUGGCUCAAACACAGAUUUUGGAAGGGUCUUCAAUCCUUUACUUGAGUUAAAACAUUUGGACCUGUCUGCAAAUGCCUUAACAGUAUUAAACAAUGCUAGUUUGAAAAAAAACCCAAAUUUGAAAAGUAUCUAUUUGACAUUUAAUAACCUAACAAAAAUCUCACCAGCAAUGUUUUCAACCAUAGCAAAACUGGAACGAAUAGAUUUUUCCUUGAACCCUUAUGUGUGUGACUGUAGUCUUCUCCCACUCAGAGACUGGUUGCGUAAGACUUCGGCAGAACUUCACAAUGUCCACGUUAAAAGCGCUUAUGCAUGUAAUAACCCACCUUCAAGAAAAGGAAUCAACAUAUGGGAUUUUGAAGUGGAAAAUUUCGAAUGCCACAAAAAUUUGUUAUAUCUAAUAAUAUUUGGAUCGUUUACUAUUUUUGUGGUGGUGAGCAUAACUAUUUUGGCGAUAGCAAGGUACAUCCAUGAAAAAUGUAAACAAAGAAGGAUAGCAAAAAAUUUCAAGAUGCUAAAUCGAUAUACAAUAGACUGGGUUCAAUCAAGGGAUCAGAUUAAUCCCCUAUUGACUGAAAACUUAAAGAAGAAACCACCUUCGGUUUGCAAAGAGGAGCAACCAAAGCUAAAAGACAAGCCACCACAAGAGAAUCUCACAGAGGCUGAACAAGUCAAAAAAGAAAAUGGGAAAGAGAAUAUUUAUGUGAAUUGUCAAGAAUUACAGCAGAUGAGACAAAAUAUGCAAACUAAGAUCAAUCGACGAGCAAUGACACCAGAUCCCUACUCUGGAACGAAAUACAACUCAAAUGUUCACAACUACCGACGUCACAGCUUUGCUGGAAAUAAUGGUGAAAACUAUGAACGUUCAUGGCAAUAUGGACGUAGAGCCCAUGGAAUUCCAGAUGACCGAAGCCUAACACAGUGGAGGAAUCAAAACCAAAACAGGUCCACAUCAAUGUAUCAUGUAUAUCCAGAUUUUGGAUAUAGUACUCUUCCUACCAGAUAUCCUACUUCUGUAGACUCUUGGCCAAACAGAUACUCCAAAAAGAUCAGUGACUCUGUUCUUGUACACAGACCUUAUCAAGGUCACCAGUAUCUUCAACAAUAUCCUUACUAUUUGCAUCAGUAUAACCGACAUUUAGCCAGAAGCCACUUGAGGCGUAAUGUUCCAAUGCGAAGAAGUGCAACAGCACAGUGGUUGUAGAUGAAGAAUGAGAGCUAUGGGUUUUAAUGCUAAUCGUAAUAAAAAUUAUAAAGAAUUUCGUUCACCUUUUUCAUACCAACCUGCUUCUAGUUUUGUCAACGAUAAAUCAAUAUUUUAAAAUUCGUAUUUCAAUUAAAAUUGAUCACAAGGAUGUUAGUGAAGAACCUUAAUGUCAAGUUAUGUCCCAAACACUGGUUUAAUACAGCAAGAAAGGAAAAUAUUUGUUAUGUGUGAUUGUUUUCAAAAAAUUAUUGAACAUAAACAAUAAGUUUUAAUUGAAAUUUGGUCAUGAAAGGGUUUCAAUAGAGAAGUUCCACAAGUUCUCUUCACACAACAUAUUUUUCAUACAAGUUUUUAUUUUUUUACAACCAGACACCCUUGAUAUAAAAAAUGUCUGGUCAAAUACCUGCAUGCCAUGGAUUUGCUCAAUCAGAGCUGGCCAAGAGUUACCCUUACUACUACUACUACUACUACUACUAUUACCACCACCACCACAACCACAUCAAUAAUGAUACAGCAACAGAAAACAAUAUGAUUAAAUAAACAACUGCUUAAAAUUAAUUUUUGGCUUUUUAUAAAAUCACACACAGACACGUUCAUGUCACUCAAAAUAGCAGUCAAAUCCACCUCAAAUCUUAGAUUUACACUGGGUCUGAGAACAACAAAAAUGGGAUAGUCACAGCUGGAACACUUUGUGGGUUGACUUGUAGGGAGUAAGAAAGCAAACGUCACCACCGACACACACACACACAUGUAUAUCCCCACUUAAACAUGAAUGUUCCAUUAGAACAAACAAUACUGCAGUAGAUUCCACGAGAGAAACUCUCAUUCUGGCUUUUGGUGCAAAAUGCACUCAUGCUUACAUCACUAGCAGAGAGAUGAAUCCCUGCCCCUUCCAGUGCUAAGACCACUAGGUCACGUGAUUUCGACCUUCUUUAGUCUUGUCAAUGAUGGAUGCUUGACUGCUAGAAAUAGCAGCAACUCAUCCCUCUGCCAACCAAAUAUAGAAAAGCUGCCACAACAGGUGUAUAUAUGCGUGCAUACAUGUAUGCAUGCAUGUACAUAAAUAAGCAAGUGUAUGUGAGUAAAUGUGUGUGUUUACACACCUAUACACACACAGCUGAGCUUCCACACAGUUUUCAUCUAUUGAAUUACACUCACAAGGCUUCGGCUCAUCAAAGGCUACAGUGAAAGACAUUUGCCCACAUUAUUGUGAACUUCUAAAUAACAAGUUAUUCAAAUUAUUGUAGAAGUCUUAUCGGAGAUAAUCCUUCUUACAAUAGGUAGAAUGACUUUCUAAGAGAGUUACCUGUAUUACAUUAGCAUCCCAUCCAGUGGACAUUUAUUACUCAUCAACUUUCUGCUACGAAAUCUGGAAUUAAUUCAUGUAAACCAUGGAGGUUUGUGAAAGAAAGAAAUUCUUUCAUGGAAUCAGAGGAAAAAAACUCAAAAUAUUUUCUUCACUUUUAAAAAUAAUUUUGAAUAAAAUUAUU